UUCAAUGGGCAUUAUCUGAGCAUGCGCAGAAUUACGCACAUCGUUCCUUUGAUCGAACUGAAAGGAUCAAAGGAUCAAAGAGCGCUGACGUCACGUUCGCGGCCACAAAAGUCCAUAAAUACCCCCUCUUCACCUUUGUAAACACACUUUCACUUGGAGCAUUUUCAGAAACACGGAGUUGUUUUUGCAAACCAGGAACCUUUCAGAACCGGACUAUUUUUACAUUGAAGUAAGCAAACGCUUUUUUUUCUUCUCGACACUUUGCCUUAAGCUUUUAAAGAAAUGUCACACGAAACAUUAAAUAAUUCAUUGUCUGACAGACAGUUUCGAGAGGAAUCACAUAGACUGUGUGGGUUGGUGGAGGGAGAAAUACCUGACCCUAUGCGGCUUCAAGACAAAAUUAAAGAACUCCAGUUGGAGUUGAGCACCCUAAAGCUCAAAAAGAAUUAUUACCAAAACAAUUACUAUCGCUUAAAAGAUGAGCGUGAACACAGGUGUAAAGACGUGCAGGAAGAUUCUCUCCUUGAGCAGAACAGCAGCAUUGCUGCUCAGUUGUCCCAGAUGGAAAGUGAGAGAAACGAACAAAAGAAAGAGAACGCAAAUCUCAAGAAAGCCUUAGAGAGUCUUGAGUACCAAGUGGGAGAAGCUCAUCAUAAAACAACAAAAAAAGAUGAGAUAAUAGAUAAACAGAAUGGGGAAAUAGUACAAAAGCAGGAACAGAUAGUUGAGCUGAAAAAAGAAAUAUGUAUUCUUCAGCGUAGGGUGAGACAGGCUCUGGACGAAAAGCAGUCACAGGUGGAAUCUCUGGAGGCUAAACUCCAGGAACAGGUUCAAACCAUUCAGAUGAUGCACAAUGACUUUGUGGAAAAGGAAGAAUCUCUCCUUGAGCAGAACACCAGCAUUCCUGUUCAGUUGUCCCAGAUUGAAAGUGAGAGGAAUGAACAAAAGAAAGAGAUCGCAAAUCUCAAGAAAACUUUAGAGAGUCUUGAGUGCCAAGUGGGAGAAGCUCGUCAUAAAACAACAGAAAAGGAUGAGAUAAUAGAAAAACAGAAUAGGAAAAUGGUACAAAACCAGGAACUGAUAGUUGAGCUGAAAAAAGAAAUAUGUAUUCUUCAGCGUAAGGUGAGACAGGCUCUGGACGAAAAGAAGUCACAGGUGGAAUCUGUGGAGGCUAAAUUCCAUGAACAGGUUCAAACCAUUCAGACGAUGCAGCAUGACUUUCAGGAAAUGGAAGAAUCUCUCCUUGAGCAGAACAGCAGCAUUGCUGCUCAGCUGUCCCAGAUUGAAAGUGAGAGGAAUGAACAAGAGAAAGAGAUCGCAAAUCUCAAGAAAACUUUAGAGAGUCUUGAGUACCAAGUGGGAGAAGCUCAUCAUAAAACAACAAAAAAAGAUGAGAUAAUAGAUAAACAGAAUAGGGAAAUAGUACAAAAGCAGGAACAGAUAGUUGAGCUGAAAAAAGAAAUAUGUAUUCUUCAGCGUAGGGUGAGACAGGCUCUGGACGAAAAGCAGUCACAGGUGGAAUCUGUGGAGGCUAAAUUCCAUGAACAGGUUCAAACCAUUCAGACGAUGCAGCAUGACUUUCAGGAAAUGGAAGAAUCUCUCCUUGAGCAGAACAGCAGCAUUGCUGCUCAGCUGUCCCAGAUUGAAAGUGAGAGGAAUGAACAAGAGAAAGAGAUCGCAAAUCUCAAGAAAGCCUUAGAGAGUCUUGAGUGCCAAGUGGGAGAAGCUCAUAUUGAAAGAAGAAAAAAGGAUGAGAUAAUAGAAAAACAGAUUAGGGAAAUACUGCACAAUCAGGAACGGAUAGUUGAGCUUGAGGAACACAUUGAAAGCAUGAAACAGUUUGGUGCAGAUCUUAAGAAUCAGCUGAAUGAACAUCUGCUGGCUGAGAAUUAUGCCCUUAAAGAAAAUGAAGAAAUCCUCACCAAAAACAAUGAAACCCUCAGUGCUGAGUUAGCCCUGCUCCAGACAAUCACUGAGAAAAAACACGAAGAGUUAAAAAAUCUUACACAGCAAAUAUUUAGGCUGGAGAAUGCGGUUAAAGACAUCGAAAAUGUAAAACGAGCCCAACUGGAAUCUGUGAAGGCAAGAUCACAGGCAAAGAUUAAAACCAUUCAGAUGUCUCUGCAUGAGCUUCAGCAAAAGGAAGAGUUUCUCCUUGAGCAGAACAGCAGCAUUGAUGCUGAGAGGAAUGAACUAAAGAAAGAGAACACAAUUCUCAGGAAAGGUUUAGAAAAUCUUGAGUACCAAGUGAGGACGACAGAAAAUCUGACACAACAAAUGUUUACACUUGAGGAAAUAAUCAGAAAGCAGAACUGCAAAAUUGUGCACAUGCAGGACCUAAUAGAUGAACUUUCUGAACAUCUAGAAGUGAAGAGAAAGAUCAAUGAAAAUCUCAAGGAUCAGCUGAGAAGGGAGGAGGAAGGAAAAAUAUUAGCUGCUGCGCACAAUUUUGGAGACAGUUGUCAGAUCACUGAUGAAUCUCUGCAGCUGGAGAAUCUUGCUCCUGAACCUGAGGACCUUGAUUCUCCUGUGUCAGAACCAUCUCCUGAUGUGGUUCUGACACAGGAGAAUCUUGCUCCUGAACCUGAGGAGCUUGAUUCUCCUGUCUCAGAAUCACCUCCUGACGUGGUUCCGACUAGUAGUUCAUGGCGUCACGGUGCCAGACGCCUACUUAAAGUAGGUUUAGGUCUUGCCGCAGCAGGCAUUCUUAUUCCUGCUGCUUAUUGGGCCUUUUCAAUGUUUAACAACUGUUCCCCAUAUGACUCUGUCUAUGGUGGCCUUGAGCCAUAUUGCUACCUUGGUCAUGGAUCAGUUCCCCUUUAAAGA